AUGGAUAAAAUGGAUAUCCAUUCACUAUUGAAUAACGAAGAAACUCAUCAACUUUAUGGCCCAACGAGCCCAACUCCAAGUACUUCAAGUGAAUGUACAGAUUCUGAACAGAUCGUUGAUAAUGAUCGCCCAUAUGAGUGCAAUUGGCCGUCCUGUGGCAAAGCGUUCUCAAGGCGCUCUGACCUUGCUCGUCAUCGAAGAAUUCACACUGGUGAACGUCCAUAUCGUUGUGAAUGGGUCGGAUGUGGUAAGCAAUUCAUUCAACGUUCCGCAUUGACGGUUCAUUAUCGUACCCACACAGGAGAACGUCCUCACAUUUGCGAAUAUAUUAACUGUGGCAAAUCAUUUAGUGAUUCAUCUUCUUUGGCCAGACAUAGAAGAACGCAUACUGGAAAGAGGCCUUAUGUAUGCCCACAUUCUGGUUGCGGAAAAACAUUCACUCGUCGCACUACCCUAACGCGGCAUCAGAGACAGCAUGAUCCUCAUUGGAAAGAAUAUAAUACUGCCUUCGAACCACGUAAACAAAGUUCAAAUGAUCAUUUGGCAAUUUCACUGUCGACAUGUAACCGUAGUUAUACUGGAAUUCCAAGUCCACCAAGUCCACCUUCACCUACUGAUUGUUUUAAACAAAUCGAGAUGGUACCUGUCGACCAUAAUCAAUCAUAUCAACAAACUGGUUAUCCAACGGUGUUGAAUAAUAAUAUUCUUCCAGCAAUUAACUGUCUAUAUUUGCCACAGCCAAUUGAUUCAACGAUGUUAACGUCCACUUCACGUAUCACUGCUUUCAAGCCAGUGGUUAAAGAAGUAAAUGAUCCUUACAAAUAUGGAUAUCCGUCCCCUGUGGAAGCUUCUAAUGAUGUUUAUUACACACCAUUGCCUACUCACAUUAUACAUCAAGAGAUAACUGUUACGCAUAUCUUGGUUGACUAA